AAAACAGUGUGAGAUGAAACUCGAUCUUUACGUUGUAUUUAAUUUUAUUUUGUCAUAAAUUUAUAUAAAAUAUCUGUUAAAUAUGAACAAUUUGUGCAGAAUUUGUUUAAAAGUUUCUGAUCAAAAUAUGCAAAACGUCCAAGAAAAUGAAAUACUUUUUAAAAUUCGAACAUUCCUAACGAUUGAAAUAUCAACAGACAGUUCUUUGCCAAAACAAAUAUGUAAAGAAUGUUCAAUUAAAACUACAGAAUUGUAUGAAUUUUGUUUAAGUAUUCAAGAAAGUGAGGCCAAAUUAAAAUCUUAUUUAAAAAAUGGAUGUUUACAAGAAUUUUAUUCUAAUUUACAAACUAAUAUAGAUUCUAAAGAUGAAAAGACUGAUAUUGUAUUUUGUGAGAAUAAUUAUGUUAAAACUGAGGACACUACCUAUUGUGAGGUAGCGGGAACAAACAUAAAAGAAAUUGAAAACAUAGAUAAAUGUGAAAAUUUAAAACAAGAGGAUUCCAUAGAUGACAUUCAAGAUUGCCAUUACAGUUCUAACGAUGAAUUAACACUGGCAACUUUAAAAAAAGAAGAAGACAGUCAAGAACCCAAUAAAAAAAUAAAAACAAAAAAGAAGUUAAAACAAAAGACUAAUGAAGAACUGUCAAAUAAUUCAAAUAGUUCCACAGAUAAUAUAAAACAAUUUACUUGUUUAUCAUGUUUGAGUAUUUUUGAAUCCCAGAACAGCCUUAUACAGCAUUACCAUAAUGAGCAUUUGAAAAAGGUUAAAAAUACAGCUGUGAAUUAUUCUGAAUGUAAUUUAGAUGGAAAUAUUACAUACAGUUGUAAAACAUGUGAGCAUACAUGUAAUAUUAAGAAAGAUAUAAUAAAACAUGUUGCUAUUCAUGUUGAUGAGAGACCUUUGAUUUGUAAACUUUGUGGUAGAACCUAUAAAACGGUUCCAGAGAUCAUCCGACACUCCAGGGUACAUAAUGGUGUAAGACUUCAGUGUUCCUACAAGUGUGGGUACAGUACUGUGUACCAAGGAGCUUUGAAGGAACAUGAGAAUAGACAUCUGAAUGUCUAUAAGUACACUUGUGACAAAUGUGGCGUGGGUUUCCACGUGAAGACUUGGUAUGAACAGCAUCAGAACAUCCACACUGGACUGAAACCCUAUGUCUGUGAUAUUUGUGGACAUGCCUUCCAUAUGGCCAGAUAUCUGUCAGCCCACAAGAGUUUGAAACACCCACAGUCGUCAAGCGUGAAGCGUUAUAUUUGUGUACAUUGUGAACACAAGUGCGAUAGUGCCAACAGCCUCGCUCUGCAUUUGGAGGAGCAUGGCAUAAACAAAGAAAAAGAGUUUCUGUGCGACUUCUGCGGUAAAAUACUCGCUAGUGCUGAUCAACUGAAGUACCACCAUCGGAUGCAUUCUGGAGUCAAACCUUAUUCUUGCAGUAUAUGCAACAAAACGUUUGCAAAGAAGUUUAAUGUAAAGAUCCAUAUGAGUUCCCAUAGCGGUGAGAAGAGCCACGCUUGUACUCGAUGCGGCAAGAGAUAUAUACAGAGAAGCACGCUGCUACGACAUUUAAAAAGACACCAUGGUGGUGCAUCUCCAAAACGCUCCGAAUAAUGAUGUUUCACCAUUUCAUUAUAAGUACCAUAAACUAAAUGAAGUGUUAAUAUAUAAAUAAAUUAAUACCUUCC